ACUCAUUAUAAUGAAAUUUUUCAAGACUUUGGUGGGUACGUUUCUCGGUGGGAGAAUUUAAGAUCUGUUUUUAAGAAUAUAGGGUUCGAGUUCGAGUUGUUGACUUGUUGUUCGAUCUCUAAAUCGAGCGUUUUAAAAUAAAUAUCAAUAUAAAUCAACAAUAAUCAAUACAAUAAAGUUGAAACGUAGUGUUUUACUCUAUUCUGCAGACCGUGAUUCGUAUCAUUCUUAACUAUGGCGUUGAAGGCGAUCAUUUACAAAAACGGAGAGCUCGAUGUUCUAGAUCAACUUUUACUACCGGCGCAGUCGAAAUAUAUUUCCGUAAAAGGGGUUGAGGAUGGUUGGAAAGUGAUAAAUAAGAUGCAAGUACGCGGUGCACCGGCUAUUGCUAUUGUAGGAUGUUUAUCACUAGCUGUAGAAGUCAUGAGAGAAAAGUUUGAUAGCAAGAACAGUUUUAGGCGUGAGAUUGAAGGAAAACUAAACUAUUUAAUCUCAGCUAGACCCACUGCGGUCAACAUGAAGUUAGCAGCUGAUGAUUUACUGUCCUUAGUAAACAAAUUAGCUGACGAUGAAUCUGUUUCGUUAGAAAGAAUGAAACAAAAUUUCUUGGAUGCUGUUGAGGGUAUGUUAGAAAAAGAUAUAUCGGAUAACAAAGCCAUUGGAAAGAACGGAGCCGAUGCAAUUCUCUCUCACGCAUCUGGCGGAACGCCCAUUAAAAUAUUGACCCACUGUAAUACUGGAUCACUCGCUACUGCUGGUUACGGAACUGCUCUGGGGGUGAUACGCAGACUUUGGGAAAUGAAACGCUUGGAACAUGUAUAUUGUACUGAGACAAGGCCAUACAAUCAGGGAGCCAGGCUGACGGCUUAUGAACUUGUUCACGAUAAGCUUCCCGCGACAUUAAUCCUUGAUAGUAUGGCAGCCUCCCUUUUUAAGUUCAAUCGGAUAGCAGCGGCCGUAGUUGGAGCAGAUCGAGUUGCUGCUAACGGUGAUACGGCCAAUAAAAUAGGAACCUAUCAAAUAGCUGUCGUUGCGAAUUAUCACAAAGUGCCAUUUUUCGUAGCAGCUCCUUUUACGUCUAUUGAUCUAGCUAUUCAAUCUGGAGACCAUAUCACAAUUGAAGAGAGACCCGAUCGGGAGAUGACUCACGUUGGAGAGCAUAGAAUCGCGGCACCAGGCAUUGCUUGCUGGAAUCCCGCCUUUGAUGUGACCCCAGCGGAACUCAUUACGGGGAUCAUAACCGAAAAAGGUGUGUUCAAACCGACCGAACUGCGUGAAGCAGUUCACAAAGUUAUUCACAAUCUAUCUAGUCAAUGAUGUAAGGAUGGAAUUGCACUUGUCUUUGUUGCACGAAAUUUAUAAUACAUGCACUUAUUCGUAGGUAGAUAGACGAACAUUAUUUGCGAUUGCAGAUAUGCUUCUUAUUUCAUAAAUCUUUUAAAAGACAGUAUCUACAUUUUAAUGUAAAGUUCUUUGCAUUCAUUGUUUUAACAAAUAAUAAAAAUCGUUUGUAUCAAA